CACCAUUCGACCGAGGAGACGUGCAGAUAUUGUCUCUCGUCAGUGGCUCAGCAUUGCCCACUAGGAAUUGUUUCUCUGUAGUUGAGUUUGGACCAAGAGUUUGGUUUUCGCCGAGAUUGAGGGGUUUGCAUAUACUUCAUAGGUAGCUACCCGUUAUCUGAUGGAGGGCAAGACAUAAUUGGCUUGAAUUAGUGGUUUUGGAGAGCUAGUGAUUGCUUUUUAGUGUAAUGCGGGGAAGGUCUAAUGCUGCGAGAUUCUUCAAAUAAUUAAAAGAAGUUCUGAAGUUAUAACUCGAUCAUCUUACUGCAACAUCAUAUCAUCUCAACAUGGGUUCUAAAGGAGUUCACGAGCGGAGCGAUAUCACAAGCCCACUCAAAGCCGCAGUUCCUAAACUCAACACCCUUCUUCAGAAAGAUGCUCAAUUCCAAGCUUUCGCCGACACACCCGAGAUCUCCUCUCCUAUCACAUUUGGCAUCAAAGCCGCGGGAUCAGACAAUGCCAUUCUCGUCACUGUGAACAACAAAUCCGGUGCCGCGACCACAGGAAACCACCAAAAAGCUCUGUUCACUCUCUCUGCUCUACCAGAACAAUGGGAGCAGUUCUUCAAGCUUGUCCCAGCCAUGCCGUAUCAAUCCUAUUGGGGCAUGUUCGGCAUGAACAUCAAACAAGAAGGUAUCGAAAUUCUCGGCGACCAGUUGGCUUUCAAUAGAUAUACCCACUUCUGGCGACGAGCUCUUGAAGUCCUGCACGAUGCGCACUGUGGUCCGACGCCAGCAGAUGAGCAGCCCGAAGUAGAUGUCGAUCACAUCGUCGGUCGAUACGUGUACAUCACCGCACCGAUCUGGGGACGAUGCAAAGUGUUCUACGAGCAGAGCGGGGAGGGGAAACAGGAUAUUGUGUUUUGUCACACUGCAGGGUCGGACAGUCGCCAGUAUCACGGUGUGAUGAAUCAUCCGGAGAUGAGGAAGAGGUGUAACAUGAUUGCGUUUGAUCUUCCAGGGCAUGGACGAAGCUUUCCUUCGACGGAGUACUUUCCUGGUGCGCAUACGAAUACGGAAGAUGCUUAUGUUGGGGCUAUUGCUGCGAUGGUGAAGGUGUUGAAGUUGAAUAAGCCUAUUGUUUGUGGUGCCUCGAUGGCAGGACAGGUUUGUCUUGCGGUGGCGAUUAGGGCCGAUGAGGUUGGUGCUGGUGGAACAAUUCCCUUGCAAGGAUCCGACCAUAUCACUAUGGAAAGACAAUUCCACGACCGCUCGCCUCAUGUCAAUCAAGCUUUGUACAACCCAGAGUGGGUCUAUGGUAUGAUGUGUCCCACAGCCCCUCUUGUCAACCGCCAACUCAUCUGGCAUCUGUACUCCGCUCAAGCAUAUGGCAUAUUCCACGGAGAUCUAGACUUCUAUUUCGGAGGCUGGGACGGCCGUUCGCGUGUUGGCAAGAUUGACACUAAGAAAUGUCCAGUCUUCAUGUUGACUGGCGAGUAUGACUGGUCGAAUACACCUGAGAUGGCCCAGAAGACUUGUGAUAAGAUUCCUGGAGCCAAGCAUAAGGGUAUGCCAGAGUUAGGACAUUUUCCUGCGACGGAGAAUCCAGCGAAGUUUGUGCCCCAUUUGUUGGAGGCUAUUGAGCAUAUCCAAAAGACAAGGGAGCGAAACCCUGCAGACAUUCUGUAAGGUUUGAUGUCUGGUUCUAGGUCGAUGGAAUUUCCUGUACUUUUGCGGUGUACUAUCGCCGGUCAUCGAACUCCAUCAUCUCGAUUUCGUGAUCCUCCAACAACUUCCAUGCCAGCCUCUGAUUUGUGAUGUGCCCCUUCAAUCCCUUGUUGAAGUUUGCCAUGCACUUGAUUGCGACGCCAAUAGUAACAACGCUCAGCAUGAUUAUUCGGCGUGGGAUGGUUGGUAUAUUCGUACGA